AGUCCAGUGCAGGGCACAGUCUUCACCUCUCAGCCAUGGACAUCGCCAUCCAGCACCCCUGGUUCAAGCGCGCCGCUCUGGGGCCCUUCUUCCCCAACCGCCUCUUGGAUCAGGUCUUCGGAGAAGGGAUGUUUGACUACGACCUCUUCCCUUUCCUGACCUCCACCGUCAGCCCCCACUACCGGCACGGCCUCUUCCGGGGAUUCAUGGACUCCGGCAUCUCUGAGGUGCGUUCAGAUCGCGAUCGUUUCACCAUUAACUUGGACGUGAAGCAUUUCUCCCCCGAUGAUCUGACUGUGAAGAUUCUGGAUGACUUUGUGGAAAUCCAUGGAAAGCACAGCGAGAGGCAGGAUGACCAUGGCUACAUAUCCCGGGAGUUCCACCGCCGCUACCGCCUCCCCUCCAACCUGGACCAAUCCUCUAUCAGCUGCUCACUCUCUGCCGAUGGCAUUCUGACCUUCAGCGGACCAAAAAUGAUGUCAAACCUGGUCUCCAGCCACAGCGAGAGGCCCAUCCCUGUGUCCAGAGAGGAAAAGCCCACCUCUGCCCCCUCCUCCUAAAUAUCAGGGUCCCCCAGAGCCCUUUCCUCAUAAGCUGUACCCCUUCUUAUCCAUCUCUCUACCCUAAGUCUCUGCAGACGUCUCUGUACGGAUCACGAGGCCAAAUAAUCAAUAAAUGUUUCCUUAACCAGC